AUGAGUGACGUCAGCAGAUGGCAAUCAGCGGCUGCGACGGGCAAACCUGGUCGGCGGGCGCCCGGCACCUCGCCUGCUGUCGCCGCUGCGUCUCCCUUUGAUCUCCCCUCUUCCGCCGCUCCCGCUCCUCUCGCCUCUUUGCGCGCGGUAUCGCCGCAGGUCCAUCUCGCCCCGCGCGUGCCGCACCAACCCACGGUAGAAAAGCCGCUGGCCUCCGCGCAUCCCUCGCGCUCCCUGCCGUCGUCGCAGCCGCAUAGCAAAGCCCGCCGUCUGCCCUUUCGCUUCCCCGCGCGCACCGUGUCCGCCCAGGCGCACGCGCUCUGCCACUACGCCGCGCUCACCGUCGCCGCGGCCCUCUUUCUCGUCGUGUGGAUCGCCUUUCAGCCCGACUCGCCCGCCCUGCCCGACGCCCGUGGCGCCAGUGGGAGGGCCUUCCCCCGCCGCCACUCACAUGAGGCGUUGCGAGGCUGCCCCGUGUGCGGCCGCGGCGAGGUCAAGCUGCCGCCGCUGGUGCGCCCGCUGUCCGCGCGCGGCGCCAAGGUGCGCCUGUGCAUGGGCAGCGCCGCCGCGCCAUUCGCGCAGGGCACGUUCGUGAGCCCCGAGGAGGCGCGCGACGGGGCGAGCUUCGGCAGUCGGUUCGCGCAGCUGACGGUGUUCGAGGCGGAGGCGCUGCACGAGACGGCGGACGGCGCGGGGGACGCGCGCGGAGGCGGCGGGCAGGCGGGGCGGCAAGGUCAGCGAGGGGCGGCGGCAGUGAGGACGUGGGUGCGGCUGCUGGCGUUCCUGGAGGACGAGGAGUCGAUCCGCAAGACGCAGUGGGAGGGGUGGGGCGCGGCGGAGCUGAGCGACGUGUACUGGCGGGGGGCGCUGCAGGUGAAGUGCCUUGUGUGGCCGGGCCACGACCCCGCCCUGCACAGCGUGGCGCCCGCCCUCGUGGUGGACGCCGUCGUGCGCCACCGCCACCCCUGGCACAUCGCGCUCCACUGCCCCCUCCCGCCCCUCGCCUCCCCCUCCGCCUCCCCCUCCUCGCCCCCCACCGACCCCUCAGUGGACCCGUCAGCGGAUGCGGCAGUGGCGGUGCGAGUGAGGGUGAGCAGGAGGGAGGCGCGGCGGCACUACGUGGAGUACGGGCAGCGCCUGCAGGUGCAGCUCGUGGCGGCCCGCAACGGCUCCGACCUGCGCAUGCCGCCGCUGCUGCUCUGCCGGGCUGAUGGCGACGCCGACCACACUGACAGCAACGACGGUGGCGGCAGCGACGGCCCCAUCGACCCGGGCAGCCGCGCCCCGCCGUUCCCCUUCGCUGCCAUGGAGAGGGAGGUGGCUGCCGCGGCUAGUGCAGGCUCGGGAGGAGGCUCGGAACUGGCGAGGCUGAUGGGAGAGGAUAUGGGAGGAGUCGGUGGGAAAGGGAGGAUGAAGGGAGCGGGGAGAGGGGAGGGCGCCGCGGCGGGAGGAAAGGAGGGUGGCAGCGCGGAGGACAUGCUGGUGGACUACGCUGCUGGGGAGGACGCCGCCCCGCACGACCAGGGGGGCAGCAGCUCUGCAAGCGGCAGCAGCGGCACCAGUGGGGGCGGCAAGAGCAGGGCGAUGGGGGCGGUGGCGAUCUGCCUGCGGCCGUUCCACACGCGGCAGCUCUUCUCGCUGGACGUGGCCUUCUCGCACGCGCGCCUGCUGGAGUGGAUGGAUGCGGCGCUGCUGAUGGGCGUGCAGCGCAUCUACGUGUACGACCGCCACGCCACCGCCAUGGCCGGCCUGCUGGCGCCCUACAUGCAGCGCGGGCAGGUGCAGCACGUGCCCUUCCCCCCCUGGAGCGAGGUCUUCUUCCGCCACAAGCUCUACGCUGGCAAGGCCCGCGUGCCGUACCUGUUCCCGGAGAUCUACGAUCAGAUCAUAUCGUACGAGCACUGCCUCAUGCAGGGGCGGCGGAGGGGCGACAGGUGGCAGCUGCACAUAGACAGCGACGAGUUCGUGUGGUACGAGCCACGCACGGGGGGCUUCCUCAAGCCGCUGCUGGCUCGCCUCGAGCUCAACCACUCGCGCUCACGGCCGCGCGGCAGCAAGGAGCCCCUCAGAGUGAUUCAGCUGCGGCGCUUCAACUUCUGGGGCGUGGAGGCGGAGUCGCGCCGCGAGCCCGUGUUGGACCGCCUCACGUGGCGCUGUGCACAGCCCAUGUGGCACACGGAGGGGUGGGCGGGCUGGCAUGACAAGCUGGCUGUCAACCCGCACACCAUCCUGCCCUACUCCGUGGCGAUCCACACGACCACGGCGCCACCAGAGUCGGUGGCAACGGCGCCGAGGGACGUGCUGCACCUCAACCACUUCACAGCCACGGCCAUCGACCUGGCGCAGCACCCGUGCCGCUCCUGGGUGAAGCCCGUGCUGGACCGCGGGCUCACCUGGGUCACCCCGCGCGCCCUCAAGUGCCGCGCCCUGCCCUGCCGCCGCUCCACACCCCUCGAGUGCUGGCCCUUCUGCAUCCUGCCCUGGCGGGACGACCAUGGCAGGGGCUCCGGUGCUGGUGGGGGGCCAAGGGUGGCUAAAACGGAGAGUGUGGAGAGUGAGGAGGGAGAGAAGAGUGAAGAGCCCGUAGAAGAUACCAUGUAA